GAUGAUGCUUUGGGGGCUACUGUGGACGCUGUUUUUUUCAGGACUCCAAGCUGCUGCUCAGUCAAAAGAGGAAGAGUAUGUCCUACAAGAGGGGGAGACCCUGACAGUGGACUGUCCCUCCAACAUGAAGUAUGCCUACAGCCAGAAGGCUUGGCAGAGGUUGAGGAAUGGGGAGGAGCCCCAGACACUGGCUGUCACAGAAAGAUCUCAGGGGACACUCAAUCAAAUCCAGGUGGGGAGGUACCUUCUCAAAGAUGACCCUCCGGAGUCCAUGUUUCAGGUCCGAAUGAUCAACCUUCAAGUGGAGGACUCAGGACUGUAUCGGUGUGUGGUCUACUAUCCUCCUCCCAAGGAGCCUGUCCUCCUGUUCCAUCCUGUCCGCCUGGUGGUGACUGCCGAUCCUUCAACUAAGCGUACCUCUGACAAGAAUUCUACCCCUAAAUUGGCUCCUACUACCAUCCGUCCUACCACCCUUCCUCCCACGAAGACCCUGAGAACGUUCUAUACCAGCUCCAGAACUGUGGUCCAAUCCCUACCCAUGCCAACAGCUGUCAUCCCUCCGAACAUCACAGUCAACCCUACAGAUGCCAUCAGGCUCUCUGUGUUCAGCAUUGUCGUUCCUGUGGCCUGUGGAAUCCUCAUUAAGAGCCUGGUCUUCACUGUCCUGUUUGUUGUCACUCAGAGGUCAUUUGGACUCUAG